GUUGGGAGGAGUUGGCUGAGAUAGAAGUGGGACGGAGGAGCAAGCGAUCUUGCUAGCUACGGAGCGAGAGAGCGAGCGGCCAACAGGGGAGAUAGGUGUAGACUUUUCUUUUAUUUGCUUCAACUUUUAUUUUAUUUGCUUCAACUUUAUCAUUUCAUUUUUCAUUUGGAUAUUUUAUGCACAUAUUUUCCUGGACAUUUUAGACAGAGAGGAGUAGCAGUAGGGUUAGAGGCAAGGUUCGGAGUUACUGUUGCGUGAGGAUUUUUAAGGAGUUUAUUUUAAACCGGAGGGGAUUUUACCUGAAGAGAUGGCCAGCAUCGUCAAUAUGUAAGUAGGAUUUCUUCUGCCUCUUCUUUUUAGUCUUCUGGAGCGAGGGCUUGGGGUCCCCCACACGGCCAGCAUCCCCAUGGAAUUUAACAUUUUCCCGAAGAGCUUAACUUCUCUUCGCGCGCCCCCCCCCUCCCUGCCGUCCCAUUCUCCCUCCCUCCCUCAUUGUAGCUCCUCUGCUUAGAGUGAGCUGCCGUUAGCGCCAAGGAUGCAGGUUCGAUACCCAUAAGGUACAGCUGCAUAUUCCUGCAUUGAAGGGGGUUGAACUAGAUGAUCCCCAGGGUACCUUCCAUGAUUAUUAUUUUUUGGAUGCUUUUUAUUACAUUCAUAGCCCACUUUGCAUCCAAGCAGUUUAAGGUGGUCUUUAUGGCUUGCCUUUCCCCCUGUUUCCCCCCUCACAACAAACCUGUUCGGCAGGCUAGGAUGGGAGUGACUGGACCCAAUAUCAAACAGCGCACUUCGUGACUGAGUGGGGAUUUGCGCUCGGAUCUCCUAGUCCAGAAUUCUAACCACUAUACACCCCCCGCCCUCGCUCUACCCCUUCUCCGUUUCUCAACUCUUCGGACGCUCUGUCAGUCUUCCUGUCAGUCACUCUGGCACUAAGAGAGUUUUAAUCGCAUUCUUCGGCUCGUCUAAUGCCUUGAUGCUUUGACGACCCUCCUAGAAGCCCCCUUAGUUCUCCAGGCUGGGCAGGGUUUUCCUAAAAGCAUUAUGCUGAGGGUUCUUUUAAACGCGGGAAAUGUUUCCCUUCUCUUUGCUUUGCCGGGGGUGGUGGGGUGGUGGUGGGGAGUGUUGGAAUCCCCCCCCAAACAUGAGGUGCACUACUGUGUUCCUGUGGAGAGCCCUUUGGGGUCUGUGGGUGCAUAAAAAACACGGAGAGAGCCCUGGCUCAGAGGGAAAGACCAUCUAGUUCAAACAGAUGUGUCCUGUAAAACUCACAAGCGGUAGCCCGCUCCUGCGGCUUGUCCUCUAGCAGUUGGCUCCAGAGGUAGAGUGCCUCUGUUCAUGGAAGCUCUAUAUAGCGAUGUUCGGUAAUGGUAAAAGAUGCUGUUUUUCUCCUCCAACAAUUGGUGUAAUCUGCUUCCCAGCCCGGCAGGCUACGUGUCCUUUGAGCAUCAGGUGCCUGCAAAUUUCAGAAACUGAUUAAGUUCCCACCAGCGUUCUGAAAUCAGAUGAUUCAAAGCUCUCCCUCUCUCUCCUUUCUCUCCAAGUCCAUGAUCAUCUUGGAUAACUCCUUCUUGCUCCUUUCCUUGUUGGUUUUUAAAAUAAUAAUAAAGAUUUCUUAGGUGUUUUUUUUGUUAAAUGCAUUGUCUCUUUUUUCAAGCUGUGUUUUCUACGGAUCAGUUUCAUUUGUUGUGAGACAUUAGUGUUGCCUGCAGUGUUAGGUUUGGAAGAAAAGGGGGUCGGGGGAAGAGGGGGGGUCGGGUGGCAAUGCUUCUAUUCUGCUUAGUGUAUUUGUGGGUUCACUUACUAUUCACUUGUUGCAUUUCCUUGGUUGUGAAUAUUUUACCAAAAAAAAGGGCAUUGUCUCUUUUUUCAAGUUGUGUUUUCUACGGAUCAAUUCUACGGAUUUGUUGUGAGACAUUAGUGUUGCCUGCAGUGUUAGGUUAGGAAGAAAAGAGGGGGGGAGAGGGGGAGAGGGGGGGUCGGGUGGCAAUGCUUCUAUUCUGCUUAGUGUAUUUGUGGGUUCACUUACUAUUCACUUGUUGCAUUUCCUUGGUUGUGAAUAUUUUACCAAAAAAAAGGGCAUUGUCUCUUUUUUCAAGUUGUGUUUUCUACGGAUCAAUUCUACGGAUUUGUUGUGAGACAUUAGUGUUGCCUGCAGUGUUAGGUUAGGAAGAAAAGAGGGGGGGAGAGGGGGAGAGGGGGGGUCGGGUGGCAAUGCUUCUCUUCUACUUUGUGUAUGUGUGGGUUCACUUAUUAUUCACUUGUUGCAUUUCCUUGGUGGUGCGAGGUUGGGGGGGGGGGUGACCUAGGGUGUUGGUGGUGGUCUUUGGUUGGCUGCAGUGAGAUUUGUUUUUGUGCGUGAGUGGGCACCUAGGGUACAAAUAACCAGAAACCUCGUCAAACUAUACCUCCACAACAACAACUCCUCGUGGUAACAAAUCAACAAAUACCCGAGGAGAUGCAACAACACCAAAUUUCCUUGUUGAUACGAUGUCCUGCAGCCGAAGUAGCGUGUUUGUGUUAUUGCUACGCUGCAAAGACUCCGUCUUCUCUUACACACACACACACACACCAUUUUGGUUGUAGGCUUCUGUCUCAGCUUUUGAGAUAUGUUGGGGAGGGGGGUUUACUGGGUUGUUUUUAACCUUUAUUAUGCAUUUUGUGUUUUUAUAUUGUGAUUUUUAUAUUGCAACCAGUGCUUUUUUUCUAAAAAAAAAAUGUUUAGGGGUAAUCUCAUUUUGACUCAAGAAAAUCACCAUUUUAUAGUUCAAAUCGGGGGAAAUAAAUGCAGUACAGUAAAUGCAAAGAUUCAAAAAAUGUUUAGAGGUAUGCGUACCCCUGCAUCCCCAAGAAAAAAAGCACUGGUUUUAACUGAGACCUGCUGGUAUAGGGCGGUAUAACAAAGCGGGUUCUCCUUCAUGGAGAGCAUAUGUUGCGGUGGGAGCAACCAUAACAUCCCCUGUUGCUGGGCGGGUUAGUUUGGAUGGCCACAAAUUUGAUUGGGCCCCCCCAAUGUUGCUUGGGAAAAUUGAUGGUUGCAAUUUUAUUUGAUUGAUGGGGGUGCUAUAUAGGUCCCUGUGCACAGCGUUGAACUUCCUCUUUUCGCUGUGCACAUCGGAUUACCCGCCCACCGUCCCUUUAAUUAGGGUUUGUUUGCGUUGAUCUUUCUAUGCCUGUCAUCGGGUCAUCUGCUUUGGAGCAGGGGCCUGGUAGGAAUUUUACUAUUUGGCUGAUUGGCUGGGGCCAUUUGGGUUUGCCUACUGCGUAGCAAAUCGUCACAACUUGUAAGGUUGCAGUUAGGCAUUGGGGUAUUUUUGUUUUGGUUUUUUAUUAAAGAUUUUCUUGUUUUACAGAAGUAUGUGUAAUGUCUCUUGUAUUUUUUCCAUGUAACAUUUUUGCAAAUCAGUUUCAUUUGUUGAGACAUUGGGGGGAAGGGGGGGAGAUGGGGGGGUCAGGUGGCGAUGUUUCUAUUUUGCUUAAUGUAUGUAGGGUUUGGUGUCAGCGUUGCUCGUGCUGUUCAUUUGUGUUUCUUUGGUGAUGAGAGAGGUUGGGGUUGGCCUAGGGUGUGGCUGUUCAUUUGUUAAUUUUUUGGUUGGUGGAGGGGAUGAGGUUGGCUGUGCCUGCCCCUCCAAUGCUGCUGCAGCAAGGGUAUUCCGUUAAAGGAAUCCAGGGGCUCGCCAUGCUUUUGUCUGUAUCCCUGACAAAGGGCUAGGGCCCCAGGGAGCAUUUGGGGAGAGGUGUGAGCCUGGCUCCCAGCUUUAUUCUUUCCCCAAAAUUGUUUACCAUUACUGACUUCCGUACAGGUGUGGUUGUCAGUUCUGUUCCUACCUCCAAGUGGGAACAGAUAGUCGCUAACCAAUGCCUAAGCAACUACUCACUUACUGUAAUUCAAUAACGUUGUGGCCAAAAUUAUGCCAAAAACCAAAACAAAAAUGAUGUGUGAACCGUGUUUUUAUUCAGGGGUGUCUUGGGGGUCCUGGACACGCAACAGCAACAACAACGUCUGCUCCUCUCCUUCUCUUCUAGGUUCAGGAGACUGAGGGACAUGAUAUUCGGGGAGAGGACUGAGCCCCAGAAGUCCAGGGCUGCUGUGCGCCCAGGUGAACAAAUGCUUCAUUUUCAUUUUGGAGCAUAAGGAGGAGUGGCCUUAAUGCUUUAAUACUCAACUGUGGAAAAUAAGUAGAAAUGAACUAACGUGUCCCCACGUCCUUUCCUUCUUCUCUUGUUGCAGAUGAUUCAGUGACUGUCAGGCCUGUGGUAUCACGUGCGGUUAGUAUUUGAGAAAACAGCACAGUAUAUACUAAAUCCCUCACCCACCCACCCCCAUCCACCAAUGCUGUUUAUACCCCCAUUUAGGCGGUCUCAGAUGCAGAGAAGCCCUCCCGCCAUGAAUUGACAGCCUUACUCUUGCCUUUUCAGCAACAGGAGAAGGAUGAGUCGUUCCUCUCUUGCGUGCUGGCCACUUGCUCGGAGGCCCGCAUGAGAGAAAAGGACACGUUGAGGUACUCAAAAAAUCUGGCCGUCAAGUCAAUUGCGGUAAGUGACAGGUUGCAUGAGGUAUCCAGGGGUGAGGUGGGCAGGAGAGCUGGGGCGGGAUUUGGGGGAUGUUGGGCAGAAGGAAGGCUUAGCGGGGUCUGGCCAAGAGAAGGGUUGGGCAGGCAUUUGGCAUUAAAUUGCCAAUUCCUGCCCUGAGUUUGGGGUUGGAAGAAUCCAGCUGAUGUCCAUAGGGAACUGACUUUCCCCCGCUCUGCCCUCUGUUCUCUAUCAGGAAAUCAUGGGACGGAUUCCGUGCUUUACGCACCCUGAAUUGGUUCUUGCUAUGGCACUGGAGGCUCUUUACCAACUGAGGUACGCUGGGUUCUUUGAGCUUGACAACGAGCUGAGCAGGGGGGGGGGGGCAGAAUGUGGAAAGGUGUUACCAGACCUUGCCACUUAGAUUGGAAUUAGAUUGGAAUAAUUGCUUACAAUUUCUUGAGUUUUUUGCGUUCAAAAAGCUUUAUUUAUGCAGCAACUAUUUACAGUAUGAGUGGAGGAGAUGUGAGAGAGAAAAUUAACUAAGACCUAGAGGCUUGCAUACAAAGUGCCAGGUAGACUGCCACAUAAACAGUGCCCCCGUAUGUUUAUUUUAAUUUUACCUUUAUUCAUUUUAUCCUGUAAAAUUUAUACACUGCUUGAUUGUAAAAAGUGGUUUAAGCUAACACAUGCAUUCACUAGAAGUUCAAGAGAAUGUAAUGUAUUUGAUGCCCCCCCCCUCAAUAUGAGGAAGACUCCAAGGAGACAGAGUCUAAAAACUUUUCCGUCCAUCUCUCCAGCCUCAUGAAGCCCAAAUUGCCACUGAAGCUCCACAGCCUGAUUGUGCAUGCAGCCUUUGCGGCUGUCGUUGAGGUGAAAACUGAGGCCGACAGACAUGUAAGUUGUUAGUUUUGAAAUUUGACUUCUAUGGUUAUUUCUUCUUCACACACUUUAAGUAUUGCACCCAUUGCUCAACAUCUGAUCUCUCUUUCUUCUGCUUGGCACAUCCUCUCCCUCCCUCAACGGACCCAUGUGGAUGAAAAUUGCCAUUGUCUACAGGAGCUGGACGAACGUUAUACUCUGAUGCUAGGAGGCCUCCUCUGGGAAGCCCCAAGCGCUAAGCUCCUGAACUUGCUGAUGAAUGUAAGUAUAUUGAUGGCAUCAGUGGCUGUUUUACCUAGAAAGCUUUCAUGGAAAAGCCGCCACCUAGCAUACACUUUCUCAGCAGUGCACCUCUUGGGCCCUUCCCCUCUUGGAAGGCAAGCUGGCCGCAUGGAAUAGCCAGCAAAGGCCCGCUUGCCCAAACAGCUAAAGGAGGGCCUUUGACGCAGAGCUACAAUUUAGGGCUGGAGGACAUUGCCAUUUUAGAACAGCUGAGGACAGUGAGAAAUGGAUCUCUCUCUGAGCGUGUAAGGGGCUUCACAGUGGUCUGUCUCUUUCACCCAGACCAGCCCGAUUCUGAGGUCUUCUUUCCUCCCACAGGAACUGAGAGGUUACGCCAAAAGUCCAGUUGCAGCGGAGAGGCAGCUGGCAGCCAGUGGCAUUGGCUCGCUGAUGUCCUAUGCUAAGGCGCUCCGUCGCCUGAAGGUAAGUAUCUCACCUUUAUUUAUUAAUUCCUUUGGCACACUUACAUCUCACCUUAACAGCCCCAAGAGGCUCCCAGAGUGGCUUACGAAAGGAUCCCCACAGUCUGGUAUCAGGCACACAGCACAAUGUGUGUCCCUGGGAUGCCAGACAAUUCUGGAGACAUUUCCUGGCCUCUUCCUUGGUGUUACACUUCCACCUCUGCCUAGUAGGCUGCAGGACCCAUGGAAGUCGCCUGGGGCAAGGGAUUGGGGCCAGGCAAUAGAACUCACUCAUCCCAUGAUGGAAGCAAGUCUUCCCUGGCUUGAGUCUGCUUCCAUGUUCUCUUGUACCCAUUAUUUGUGGAGCGUUUAGUAUCAGAUUGGUCAUCUGGUCCAGUACUGUAUUUUCUUUUCUCUACAGAAUGUUCUCGUCCCUCUGGAGCUGGCUCACUUCUGCCCCAAAGAAGGUAAGACCCACAGCCUGGGGAUGUGGGACUCACUUUCCAGACUAGGGCGGGCCCACUCAGUAGCUGCAGUAUCCUUGCUUGAGGCAGACCUCCUGGGUCAUGUGGCUAUGAAAUCCUGCCACAGGACAAACGUGGCUAUUUCCCUCCAGGGCCAAACUGCAGGCUUGGAAGGAGUCAUUGCCACCAAAGACAGGAUCCAUAAAUAGAACCCCUGCCCUGUAUGGUUUAAUGGGUACCAGGUAAAUUUGGGGAAUCAGUAAAUGUGACAUAAAUUAAUCUCUUUUCUCCUUCAUUUUCUUCCAGAUGACAUAGUGCUUAGUGUCGAUUUCAAUUACGCACAGAAGACCGAAGUCUAAGUUCCGAGGCUCAGCAAUUAUGGAGCGGCAAUUUUUGCUUACUGUUUAAUUGUGUGUGUUGUUGCUAAUUGUGUUCAUUGCUGUUGUUUUAGAAUUAUUUCCUAUGCAAUACUACAGUGGUACCUCAGGUUAAGAAUUUAAUUCUCAGUCUCAGUCAGUUUUAUUGCACAUAGCCAAAGGCUGCCGCAAUGUACACAAAAUUAUUUGACAAUUAAAAGAAAAUAUACUGAAUUGAUAAAAAAAGACUUAAAACAUUUAUAUUAUUAAAACAUUACGUACUCUAAACAAAGCUAUAAAAGUACCCCAAUGUACAAAUAAAAACAUUAAACAAUAAAAUUCAUAAGCUAAAAUCAUCACAUGGUCACUAAUGUUAAAAACAAUAUCAAUUAAUACAGUGUGCAAUUUAUACUCAGAGUUUGGUGACAAAGAUAGAGCAUAGCCUGAGGUAGAUAGAUAGGAUCAAAUAAAUUCAUCUCCUUUACAGUUAAUGGCUACCUCGGCUAUAUAAUUUGCUCUAAUUUUCCUAGCAGCAGUUGCAAAAAGUGCUACACGCCAGGUCACAUACUUAUCUGUGUCUGCAAGGAGAUAUAACAUCAUGUCAAGGGGGUUCUGGCCAGGGGACCCAGUCAUUAUAGGUACCAAACAUCUCUUUCUUGCAUCAUUAUAUAACGGACAGUGCAAGAUAUAAUGCAUAAGGUAAGAAUUUAAUUCGAUCUGGAGGUCCGUUCUUAACCUGAAUCUGUUCUUAACCAGAAGCAUCACUUUAGCUAAUGGGGCCUCCUGCUGCUGCCGCAGCACAAUUGCAGUUCUCAUCCUGAGAUAAAGUUCUUAACCCAAGGUACUAUUUCUGGGUUAGUGGAGUCUGUAACCUGAAGCGUCUGUAACCUGAAGCUUCUGUAACAUGAGGUACCACUGUACUUUUAAAUUGCUUUUAAAGUGUUGCUUUUUAAAUUGUCCUUGUAAAGGAAAGUGUUCUGCUAAUGUUGAUUGUAUUCUGAAUUGCUUCAAGAAGCCUCAUAGCAAUGAAUAAUAUUAAGAGUAAUAAGUAUUUUACCUGCCUUAAUUAUAAUAAAGCAUUGAUAUCCAUAUUUUAAAUUAGUGGUUAAGGUCUUAAACUACAUAUUUUAAUUGUUUUACAUUUGUAUUAUUUACUGUGUUCUAGCUUAUAGAUCAGGACGCGGGUAGCGCUGUGGGUUAAACCACAGAGCCUAGGACUUGCUGAUCAGAAGGUCGGCAGUUCGCAUCCCCGCGACGGGGUGAGCUCCCGUUGUUCGGUCCGUUGCUCCUGCCAACCUAGCAGUUCGAAAGCACGUCAAAGUGCAAGUAGAUAAAUAGGUACCGCUCCGGCGGGAAGGUAAACGGUGUUUCUGUGUGCUGCUCUGGUUCGUCAGAAGCAGCUUAGUCAUGCUGGCAACAUAACCCGGAAGCUGUACGCUGGCUCCCUCGGCCAAUAAAAUGAGAUGAGCGCCGCAACCCCAGAGUCGGCCACGACUGGACCUAAUGGUCAGGGGUCCCUUUACCUUUACCUUAUAGAUUUCAAUAUUAAC